UAUUUAAUCGAUAGCGCUGCGGUUCCACUGGUCGGAAUAAAGAAGCAGAACAAAUAAAACAAACAGUGGCCAAAAACAAAACCGCGAAAUAUGUCCCCGAAAUAUACGCACGCGAUUGUGGCCAGAAUCUCGGAGGCCCUACUCGAGAGCGGACCAUUCGAUGUGAAGUUGGCUAAACACCAACACGAACAAUACUGCACUCUGCUACGGGAGAUUGGCCUGGAUGUGAUUGAGCUGCCGCCCGACGACCUUCUGCCGGAGGGCGUCUUUGUCGAGAACAGCGCGGUUAUAUGUAAUGGAGUGGCCCUCAUAGGCCGAUCGGAUAACGCGAAGCGUCGACACGAGGCCGCAAGCAUGGCCAUUAUUCUGAAGAAAGAGCUUGACAUUCCCAUUAUAGAAAUAGACGAUCCUCAUGCCCGGCUAGAUGGCGGGGAUGUGCUUUUCACGGGAAGAGAGUUUUUCAUUGGCAUAUCUGGGUGUACCAACGAAGAAGGUGCGCGGGCCGUGGCCAUGGCAUAUCCCGAGUAUCCAGUCACACCAAUUCGGGUCAAUGGAUCGAAACGUUUAAAAUACUACGUCACCAUGGCCGGCCGGGAUGUUUUGUGUGUGAGCAAGAGCGCACCGUGCCAAGAGAUCGUGAAACGGAUGGAGCGAGAGGCCAGCUUCACUUACCAGAAGCUAACGCUACCCGAGGAGAGUGCGGCCAAUAUGUUGUACAUAAAUGGAACCAUUGUCCACAGAUCCCCUACGGAAAUUCCAGAUGCGUACAAGACUUUGAAAGAAAAAAUUGACAUUCCAACACGCAAUAUAAACAUAAGCGAAUUUAGUCAAUACUCCAGUGGGCUGACCUCUUCCUGCCUCUUGCUACGACGCUGGAAGUCGAUACGGAGCAUCUGAAAAUAUUAGAGUAUUGUUAACAUUUACCCCGAUAGGAGAAAUUGCCAUCAGAAACACGCACAGCCAGCACUAUGUGACACCAUGUCCAUCAUGGUGACAUCUAUCAGCAAUAUCGUAUUAUAUUUUACACAUUUCUUGUUAUUGUUCUAAAUUUAAGAUAAAAUAUUUAAUAUUGAUAUAAGCGAAAAUAUGUUAUGAUAAUUGGGGUUGAUCCCAUUUGGCAUUUUUAACCAUUUUUUAUCCCAUUUGGCGUUAUUUUUUGAGUAAUCAAAACCAAAACCAAAUCAUGAUGAUCAUUCCUUGCUCCCUUUCGGAGCUGAAUCAACAAAACAAGUUACCUUAUAAUUACUAUAUGCAAUUAUGCAUUGAUCUGUGUAUA